UUCAUCUCAGAUUCUAAUGGAGUAUUCUUCUCUCCCACUGCACUCUCUGUUUCUUGGUUUUGACUGUUCCACUCAGUCGCUGAAGGCAACUGUAUUAGAUCAAAACCUCAAAACAUUUGCUACAGAGGUUGUGAAUUAUGAUGAUGAGUUGCCCCAUUACAAAACCAAGGGUGGUGUUCAUCGGGACCCUGUGGUCGAUGGGAGGAUCGUUUCGCCUCCUUUGAUGUGGGUGGAGGCGUUGGACCUCAUACUGCAAAAGCUUGAGAAAUCGCAGUUUGAUUUCGGAAGGGUUGUGGCUGUCUCCGGCAGCGCACAGCAACACGGAAGUGUUUACUGGAAGAAGGGGAGUUCUGUGGUGCUAGCAUCGUUGGACUCUGAGAGGCCGUUGGUGGCACAGCUUGGUGGUGCGUUUUCUGCUGAGGAAUCGCCUAUAUGGAUGGACUGUAGCACCACGCGACAGUGCAGGGCUAUUGAGGAAGCGGUUGGAGGUGCGUUGGAGCUGUCCAAGCUCACUGGUUCGUGUGCUCAUGAGAGGUAUGCGGGACCACAAAUUCGGAAGAUAUUUGAAACAUGGCCCGAUGUUUAUGAGAAUACAGAGAGGGUCUCGCUUGUUAGCUCCUUCAUGGCCUCGCUUUUGAUUGGGGGCUAUGCUUGUAUAGACCAUACGGAUGGGGCGGGAAUGAACUUAAUGGAUAUUAAAUCAAAGUCUUGGUCUAAGAUAGCAUUGGAGGCCGUAGCCCCAGGUUUGGAGAAGAAGCUUGGAGAUUUAGCACCAGCACAUGCUGUUGCUGGUUUCUUAUCGAACUAUUUCGUGCAAAGAUAUCGUUUCAAGAGUAGUUGUAUUGUUGUUCAAUGGUCCGGGGACAAUCCGAAUAGCUUGGCAGGGUUGACUCUUAAUACUCCCGGAGAUCUGGCUAUAAGUCUCGGCACUAGCGAUACUGUAUUUGGGAUAGCCACAGAACAUAAGCCCAGCCUUGACGGGCACACAUUUCCCAAUCCGGUGGAUACAGAAGACUAUAUGGUAAUGUUGGUCUAUAAGAACGGGUCCUUGACCCGUGAAGACGUUCGUAAUAGGUGUGCCCAAGAAUCAUGGGAACUUUUCAAUGCAUAUCUGAACCAAACACCACCUCUGAAUGACGGGAAGAUAGGCUUUUACUACAAGGAGCAUGAAAUUCUUCCACCACUUCCAAUUGGUGAGCAUCGUUACGUUCUUGAAAACGUUAACGACCCUCUCUCUGGAAUAAAGGAGGUUAGUGUCGCGGAGUUUGAUCCUCCUUCUGAGGUUCGAGCAUUGAUCGAGGGACAGUUACUCUCCAUGCGUGCUCAUGCAGAAAGAAUCGGGAUGCCUUCUCCUCCAAGGCGAAUAAUCGCCACCGGUGGAGCAUCUGCAAAUGAGUGCAUACUCAGCUUGAUAGCUUCCAUUUUUGGAUGCAAUGUGUAUACAGUUCAAAGGCCAGACUCAGCUUCGUUGGGGGCAGCGUUGAGGGCUGCGCACGGAUGGUUGUGCAACGAGAAGGGAGCUUUCGUUCCAAUCAGAAGCAUGUAUACGGACAGAUUGGAGCAUACCUCUCUCAACUGCAGGCUUUCAGCACAGGCCGGUGAUCAAGAACUCGUUGAUAAGUACACGUUGAUGAUGAAGAAAAGAGGCGAAAUCGAAAAGGACCUGGUUCGUAAACUAGGACGCGUUUGAAACGAUUGAAGAUUGAUAAGGUAAGUUGAUUGCCAUUUGCCAUAGUUGUUGUAUUUUGUAUGAUUAUUAUGAUCAUUGUUUGCAUCAAUUUAAAUGUUUGUGUUUCAUGUAAUAAUGUUACUUACAGUUAGAAUUUCAAAACGAUCUAACUUAAGUUGUGUUUAUCUUUGCUAUUUGAAUAUAAUUAAUGGAAAUAAUUAAAUCUA